AUGGAGAUCGAUCCCGGCCACCACUUCGGCGCGGAUCUCACCAACCAGACGCAGCAGGUGCGUGAAACCGCCCUGGAGCCAUCGGGAGAAGAUCCGUUCCCCGAGAGAUUUCAAAAUAAACCGCGAGUGCCCACUCCAGCUCCGACCUCCCGUGACCUGACGCGUCCGUCUCCGACUCCCCCGAUACGUUCGCAGCACCUCCAGGCGGUGUCCGACGCCAAGGGAGGCACGGACGCGAUGGCCGGCCGGAUGGACGUGGCGCGUCUCGCCGCGCUCCUCCACGAGACCACAGCGGCGGAUGCGUCGAGGAUCGCCGCAGCCGAGCGCGAGCUGAGUGCCGCCGCGGAUCACGCGGGCUACGCCGGCGCGCUCCUCCAGUGCAUCGGCGCGGCGAAUGCGCCGGAAGCUCACGCCGCGGCGGUCGCGAUUCCCGCCGCCGCGGCGCUCCACAACUUCGUCAGGAACCGAUGGCCCAACCGCCUCCCCUCCCAGCAGGAGAGGGAGUCGACGCGGAUGGCCAUCCUUCAGGCACUCGUCGUCGCGCCCCAGGGUCCCAUCGUCAAGCUCCUCGCCGAGUCGUUCAGGAUCAUCGUCACCGAGGACGUGACGCGCGCCAAGUGCUGGCCGGACCUGCUGCCGGCGCUGUGCCAGGCGAUGCAGGAGUCCAACCUCAUGGUGGGGAAGGAGCAAUCGCCGGUGAAGACGGCCAACGCCCUCGUGGCGGUGCACACGUUGCUGAAGCCCUACAAGUACUUCCAGAACCCGGGUUCGGAGAAGGAGGCUGCGCCGCCCGAGCUCGAGGCCAUCGUCAAGGCCCUGCUGGAGCCCCUGCUGGGCAUGCUCGGCAUACUGGCCACGGGCACGCUGACGGCGGCUGCGGCUGAAAACGGUGACCCGACAGCCGCCGCCGCCCAACACAACGCCGCCAACCAGCCGGGAAACGACGCGCUGCUGCACACGCUGCUCAAGUGCUUCCACCACACCGUCGCCGCGUACAUGCCGGCGGCGAUGGUCCCGUCCUUACAGCGGUGGCUCGAGGUUUUGACCAAGAUUUUGGAGCAGGCGCCGACGUUUCGGUUCGAAGAUGAACGCGUUCACGCGCCGCGGGGCAAAGCCGUCAAGCGCGUUAUCCAGGCGAUGCAGUCGCUGGUGACGAGGCACCGGAGACACGUGGACAAGUUCCUCCCCGCGGUGUGCACGCACGCGGCGGCUUUGGCGUCCGCGCUGGCUUCUAGACGACUCUCGUCCGGCGGCGACUCGCCCACCCCGGCUGUGCAAUCGCGACAGUGCGCGCUCUGCUUCGAUCUCCUCGCUCGCGUCUCGGAGACGGCGCCCGGGUACAAGCUCCUCGCCCCCAACUUUGGGCGUCUGUUGGAGUCCGCCGUCUACCCCGCGCUGUGCGCCGGCGCCGAGGACGAGGCUGACUGGGAGGAGGACGAGGAGGAGUACCUGCAGAAGAACCUCCCGGCGGAUUCCGACGAUCCAACGGGGUUCAACGAGGAGCUCUACGCGCCGAGGCAGUCCGCGGCGAACUUGCUGGGGCUGCUCGCCGAGCGCGGCAGCGCGGGGGUCAGCUCUGGGGGCGGGGGUAACGACGGGGGGAAGCGCAAGAAGGGGGGCGGGGGCGCCGCGAAGGCGAAGGGGAAGAAGGGCGUCAGCUCGACGCCGGGUGACGUGGCGCUGCGUUACUUUGAACGUUUCCAGCCGCCCGGCGCUCCCGGCGCGCCCAACGACCCGGCGGCCCAGUCGUCCUACUUCGGCGUGCUCGUCGCGUACGGCGCGCUGAGCAAGUGGAUGGCGAACCACGGCGGCAAGGCGUCCACGAGCACGCUCGCCAGGCAGAGAAUCCUUCCGGUUUUGGCUCCCGGCGCGGUGGACUCGUCGACGAUUGCCGGGUGCGCCGUGCGAGCCGCCGCGUGCUGGGCCCUCGGCGAGCUCUCCAACACCGGGGCGCUCCCCGAGGAACCCACGCAUGCGGCGCUGCUCGCCCAACUCGUGGAUCCCGUGGGUAAAACCCAGCCCGCUCUUCGGAGCGCCGCCGCUUCCGCCAUCGCUGCCUCGCUCCACGCGAGCUGUUGGCCGAAGAACUGGGAGCCCCUGCUGACCGCCGCGGCCGCCGCGGUGAACGACGCCACCAGCGAGGAGGAGGAGAACGACGCGAGCUCGCUCCGCGCGCUGCGUCUCAUCACCGUGGCGGCGGAGGUGGCGCCGGAGCACUGCGGCGCGGCUAACCUGGCCAACCCGCUGGCGGCGGCGUUGGCCCGAGCGGCGUCCUCGAGGACCCCGGCGCCCCCCGCGACGCUCCCGCCGGUCGUGGAAACCGCGCUCGAGGCUCUCAUCGCCGUGGCGCAGGCGGCGGAGGAGACGGCGGAGGAGGACGAGGAAGAAAACGACAUGGACGACGACGCGGCGUCGGGUGGUGGCGGACCGCCGCACCCGUCGCUGGUGUCGCUCGUUCCCCACCUCUGCGCCGCGCUGCGCCGCGCGUGGCUGCCCACCGCGUGGGGCUUCGACGCGUGGAAUCGCGGCGGUCAGACUGACAUGGAGGGCGAGCCCACCGGCGCGCCCGUCGCGUGCUGCAUGGGCGAUUGCUCCCGGCUGCUCUCCCGAGCUCUCCGUUGGUGCCCGGAUGCCGCGUCCGGCGAUCAGGUCCAACUCGCGCAGCUCGUCGCGGCGCACGCGUCGCUGCUCCCCGAGUGGGACGCGUGGGAGGAAGAGGAAGAAGAGGCGGCGCUGGAGGUGCUCGACGACGUGUCCGCUUCGUUUAAACGCGGCGCGCUCGUCGUCCGCGACGUCAACGCCAUGCGGCCGCUGUUUGAAUCCUACGGCCAGUUCAUCGGUACCGCGAUUGACCAGGCGCCCGCGCUGGGUUGCGCCCGAGCGUGCAGGCGCUCGCACGCGCUCAUGGCGCUCGCGGCGAACGUGGGCGGCGACGCGUCCGCCGGGGUGGCGCGUAAGAUCCUUGGCGCGGCGACGGACCGCCUCCGAGGGUUGGUCUCCCCGGAUCUGCCGGUGGCGAGACCGCUCGUGCUCGCCGCGAGUGGAGCGUUGGCCAGGGGCGUCGGCCCCGCCCCGGGGUCGCUCAGCCCCAACGUCGCGUCCGACUGGGCCAGCGGAGUCGCCAGGACGCUCGUCACGAGCAAGGACGACCUCUCCGCCUCGGAGCUGAUCGUGCUGGCGUCGUCUAGCCUCAGGGCGCUGGGAGCCGCGGGCGCGGGCGCGGCGGAGGCGGUUGCCGACGCGAGCGCGCGCGCUUCCGCCGCGGAGAGCGCCCUGCGCGCGGUGCUGGGGUUGCGGGACCUGCGAGCCUCGGGCGGGGAGCUCGGCGCGGGGCGACGCAACGCGGAGGAGGAGGACACGGACGAUUCAGACGACGAUUCGGAUGACGAUUCAGACGACGGUUCGGACGAUUCGGAGGAUUUCGAGCGCGACUCGGACGUCGACAGCGACAGCGACCAAGAGGGUUCGUCCCCGCCCGUAGACGAGGAGACCGAGGCGCAGUUCCUCGCCAGGUACGCGGCGGAGGCUCGUAAGCUCGCGGGCGCGGACGACGUGGACCCGGAUUCCGGGGACGUGGAGGAUGCCGACGACGGGAGCGAGCUGGAACUGGACGGGGUGAUGAUGGGCCCGCCGGGCUCGGAGGCGAGGGCUCUGCUGAACUGGCUGCAGUCCAGGGCGACCGCCGCGGACCUCGGGGCGCUCGCCGCGACGCUCCAGGCGCACCCGGUGGACGGGCUGAGCAACGGGGUGAGCAACCUGCAGACGGUCCUGAGCUCCAUCCCGCAGGCGGCUGGGGCCGGGGCGGGGGGCGGGAACGGGUCGGGCGGACCCAGCGCGUCAUCCGGGAGCGCGGGCGUGUCCAUGGACUUCGGCGGGCUGGCGCUGUGA